AUGACGAGUGGGCAGGGUCAGCUAUACACAUACAUGGUCCUGAUAUCUGAGACAACCACUCCUGGAAUUAAUUUGAGAUGGUAUCUUGAUGCAGCUGGAAUGAAGAAGUCGAGAGCUUAUAUAAUAAAUGGAGUUAUAAUAUUUAUUGCUUGGUUGGUUGCCAGAAUACUUUUAUUUGUUUACAUGUUUUACCAUGUCUACUUGCAUUUUGAUCAGGUUGAGGAGAUGCACAUGAUUGGACAAGUGUUAGUUAUUGUUGUGCCGCUGGUGCUAUCAAUUAUGAACUUGGUUUGGUUUUCAAAAAUUAUCAAAGGAUUGAAAAAGACUUUGGCGAAGAGACAGUGA